AUGAUUCCGAUCGCCAGACAUUCUGUUCUGCGGGUUGCCCGCUCUCAGCUCCAACCUACCCGGAAGCUGAGCCAGCCCGCUUCCUCGGCGCUCGCCCGCCUGCUCUCCACCCUUGCGGUUCUCGAGCAGCGCAAUGGCAAGCUGGAGCCAUCAUCUUUGUCCGCAAUUGCGGCUGCACAGAAGCUGGGUGGCUCGGUAACAGGCUUCCUUGCUGGCUCCGGUGUCAAAGGCACCUCUGCUGCCGAGGCUGCUAAGAUCAAGGGUGUCGAGAAGGUGUUGGCAGUGGAUAACGAUGCAUACGAGAAGGGCCUCCCCGAAAACUUUGCCCCUCUUCUCGUAGAGAACAUCAAGAAGGGCGAAUUCACCCACGUCGUUGCCGGCCACUCCGCUUUCGGCAAGAGCUUGCUACCCCGCGUGGCCGCUCUCUUGGACGUUCAGCAAAUUUCCGACAUUACCGGCAUUGAGAGCGAGGACACUUUCGUCCGCCCCAUCUAUGCCGGCAACGCAAUUCUCACCGUUCAAUCGUCCGACAACAUUAAGGUGAUUACGGUGCGAGGCACUGCCUUCCAGGGCGUCGAGACCGAAGGCGGCUCCGCCGAGAUUGUCGAUGGAACAGACCCCAAUGUUCCUGCGAUAACCGAGUGGGUGUCCGAAGAAUUGGCCAAGUCUGAGCGCCCCGAUCUCGGUACAGCCACCCGUGUGGUGUCCGGUGGCCGUGGCUUGAAGUCGAAGGAGGAGUUUGACCGCAUCAUGCUUCCACUCGCAGACUCCCUCGGCGCCGCUAUUGGUGCUUCGCGUGCUGCUGUUGACAGCGGCUUUGCCGAUAACAGUCUGCAGGUUGGCCAGACUGGUAAGAACGUUGCUCCUCAGCUCUAUCUCUGUGCCGGUAUCUCCGGUGCUAUCCAGCACUUGGCUGGUAUGAAGGACAGCAAGGUCAUUGCUGCCAUCAACAAGGAUCCUGAGGCUCCCAUCUUCCAGAUUGCCGAUGUUGGCCUUGUCGGUGAUUUGUUUGACAAGGUGCCCGAGCUGACCGAGAAGCUCAAAAGCGCCUAA